AUGGUGGUAUCUUUGGAGUGUGAGGAGCUUCUGCUGUGCUGGGCUUUUAAGGGCAGGUUGUGGGUGGUUUGUGGUACCUGGGAAUGGGGCAGAACAUCUGCUGUACUGGACCUCAAAGUGUGCCUUGUGAAUUCUGUGGAGGGUUUGGACAUCCUGCUUGGGGUGUGCCUUCAAGGCCUUUUUGUAGUAUCUCAGGAGGAGCUGGAGCUUCUGCUGGUUUGGCCUUUGAUGCAGUCUGCUGCAACUUCCAAGAAUCCAAAUUCAGCCAUCUCCAGAGAAGCCAGCACCCAGACAUCUUCGGCUGCCACCAGCCAAGCCUAUGUUUUACCUGAAGGCAGAGUCAUUCCAAACACUGUUUUUGUUGGUGGAAUUGAUGCUAGGGCUACUGCAACUUCUGAGACUCCAAAUUCACCCAUCUCCAUAAAAAUCAGUACACAGACGUCCUCAGCUGCAACCAGUCAAGACUAUGUUUUACCUGAAGGCAAAGUCAUGCCAAACACUGUUUUUGUUUGUGGAAUUGAUGUUAGGAUGGAUGAAACUGAAAUAAGGGGUGUCUUUGCUAGAUUUGGCUCAGUAAAGGAAGUGAAGAUAAUCAGUGAUAGAUAUGGCUUGUCCAAAGGCUAUGGAUUUGUGUCAUUUUAUAAUGAUGUGGAUGUGCAGAAAAUAGUAGAAUCACAGAUAACUUUUCAUGGUAAAAAACUGAAACUGGGCCCUGCAAUCAGGAAACAAAAUUUAAGUGCUCAUCAUGUGCAGCCAUGUCCUUUGAAUUUUAAUUCUCCUCAGCCACCAUUUCAGAGUGUUGGUAGUAGUCCAAACACUGAAAAUUGCAUGCAGUCCCCAGCCAUAUUGAAUCAUCCUGUUACUCAGUAUGUUCAGGCAUAUUCUCCUUACCAAAGUUCACCAGUUCAGGUAACCACUGGAUACCAGCUGCCUGUUAAUAAUCAUCAGACAUAUCCUCCUUACCAAAGUUCACCAGUUCAGAUGACCUCUGGAUACCAGCUGCCUGUUUAUAACCAUCAGGCAUAUCCUCCUCACCAAAGUUCACCAGUUCAGGUGACCACUGGAUACCAGCUGCCUGUUCAUAAUUAUCAGGCAUAUCCUUCCUACCAAAGUUCAGCAGUUCAGGAGACCACUGGAUACCAGCUUCCUGCUUAUAAUCACCAGGCAUAUCCUCCUUAUCAAAGUUCUGCAGUUCAGGUGACCACUGGAUACCAGCUUCCUGUUUAUAAUCAUCAGGCAUAUCCUCCUUACCAAAGUUCAGCAGUUCAGGUGACCACUGGAUACCAGCUUCCUCUUUAUAAUCAUCAGGCGUAUCCUACUUACCAAAGUUCACCAGUUCAGGUGACCACUGGAUACCAGGUUCCUGUUUAUAAUUAUCAGGCAUAUCCUACUUACCAAAGUUCACCAGUUCAGGUGACCACUGGAUACCAGGUUCCGGUUUAUAAUUAUCAGGCAUAUCCUCCUUACCAAAGUUCAGCAGUUCAGGUGACCACUGGAUACCAGCUUCCUCUUUAUAAUCAUCAGGCGUAUCCUACUUACCAAAGUUCACCAGUUCAGGUGACCACUGGAUACCAGGUUCCUGUUUAUAAUUAUCAGAUUGCACCACAUUGCCCUUCUGAGGAAGAAAGAAGAAAUCUGUGGACCAAAGCACACAGUUGGUGGAGUCCUAUUUGUUGA